AUGGCAAUUGAACCGGUCAAUAAGAAAGCGAUGAUGUCUCACCAAAAGAAAACUUUCGGACUUAAGCUCAGCAAUUACGGGGAUGUUGAAUAUUACGGUAGGCCGCCAAAUUUUGUAUUUUUUCUCGUGUAGGUACAAUAGUCAUCGGGACUCCCCCACAAGAAUAUCGAGUGGUUUUUGACACAGGAUCGACCAGUUUUUGGAUCAUGUCCGAUGAAUGUCGAGUUGAAAAGGAGGAUGGAGAGCUGUGUGCGGACAAAAAUUUGUACUUCAGAAACGAGUCGACAACGUAUGAGAAAUUGGACGGAAAUUUCACACAGCUUUAUGAAAUCGGCUUCGCUCAUGGAGAGCUGGCACAGGAUGUUGUUGGAGUAGGUCCAACCGGAAUUAUUAUUAGUUUGUCGGGAAAAUAACGAGCACUCUGUCGCAGCGAAGAUCGCAUCAACGCGGAAAAAUGAAUUGCGUCGCGGCAAAAUCAAAUUAUUGGGUUGUUCAGAAUGUUCUGUCGUUUUUUAUUGUUUUGUUUUAGAAGAAUUUGUUUAUUGCUUGGCAAUGUGAAUAUACUCGUUUGGUACAGCUUUUUCUCCUCUGCAAAACUGUGCCUUUAAUUUUUUUUUACAAAUUUAAUUUUUUAUUAUUUUUCGGGCUCAAAAGUGAGCCAUCCAGGAGGCAAAAAUUUGCGUGACCGCACCUGCUUUUUUCGACUUCAGCGGCACGAUUGGCGCAGCAACACUGCUCGUUAUUUUCCCGACAGACUGACACCCAGAUUGUCAGUCCUUUUUAGAUAGGCACAGUCGAAUCGCAUUCCCUCCUCACUGCCAACGUCACUUUCGGCCUAGCCAAUAUCAUCGACACCGCGUCCGACGAAGACGUCAUCGACGGUGUAAUGGGCUUGGGAUUCCACAAAGAUGGCGAUCCCGCAUCCUUGGUGAAGCGAGCGGUUUCUGAGGGCAAACUGGAACGCCCAAUUUAUACGAUUUGGUUGAAAAAAGUGGGCGGAGAAGUGGACGCGCUCGGUGGUGAGAUCCGAUUCGGCGAAGAGGACACUGUAAAUUGUCAGAAAGAGGUCAGAUACGUUGGUUUGAGUAGUCUGGAUUAUUGGCAAUUUUCUGUCGAGAAAGUUGAAAUUGACCAUGAAAAAAGUCGAAAAGUAGGAGCAGCGUUGUAAACUUAUUUAUCGCCAAUUUCAAGGAAAUUGUGAAGAAUGUCGACGCCAUCUCGGACACCGGCACUUCAGCAAUUGUUGUGCCGAAAGAGACUUUUCGGAAGCUUUUGGCAAGCAUUGAUGUUAAUUCAACGACAGGAUUGCCAUAUGUUCCUUGUAAUAUAUCGUUUGUGAUGACUAUUCGAAUCAACGGACAUGAUUAUGUCUUGACAGCACAAGAUUUAAUUGUAAGUAUCUUUAAAUGGUAGCAAAUACGAAAAAAAUUAUCUAAAUGUGCUUAGAAGAAAAGAGACGAAAUGGGGAAGCUUACAAAGUAUUUUUCGAUUUCUUAACUGGCGAUAUCGCACAAGCCUGGAGAUUUUCGACCCAACUUGGUCCAAAAAUUUUCUGAUUUUUCGGUCGUUGUGGGAGAAAAAAAUCUACUGUCUAUUCCAUCGUAACUGUCGAGUAAUGUAUUCCAAUUGCAAAAUCGUUGCUUUCAAAAAAUCAUGCUUUUAUUUUGAGGCCCUAGCACACACAAAAACUACCCUAUCAAUUCAGCCUUUUGCAGAUCCACUACUCCGACGGCUGUGUCCUACAAAUCGAUUACAAUCAAAUCGAAAAUGACCCGACAUGGAUUUUGGGCGAUCCGUUUAUCCGCACGUAUUGUCAAAUCUACGACCUCGGACUACGGCGGAUUGGAUUCAGCCGAGCAAAGUUGACAGCAACAAAAAAGAGGCCUUCAAAAAGUUUUGUAUAAAAUUCUGUGUAAAGUGUGUAAGGAUGACUUGAAGGUAAAUAAAUAGAUUAAUAAUAAUAACUAGUAUAAUACAUUUGUUAUCUAUAAGUCUAGCGCGAACUUUAUUGUCUAGACGCGAAAUCUGUCGGUCGUCCACAUUAGGUCGUAAUUUUAAAAAAUAUUGUCGCCGCCCUGUAGGAGGAGCGAAUGGUAGGAGCUGCAGGCAUCCAGUAAAGACUGUGGAGAUUUUUCAAUCGGACGGCUCCGCUAUUUUUUUUAGAUACCGUAAUUUUUAUUCAAUUUGCUUAAAAUUUUAAGGCGUUGGCUUGAGGUUCGCCAAAAUUUGUGGAAAAUCAUAGGUAAAGACAUCGUAUAACGAUUUAAUAUUCUUGGUGUCUCUGAGUUACUGUUUGAAGCAAAAGUUUGACGCCUUUUUGAUCGCUUCUGUUUCCACGAUGACUAUUGCAAAUUUUUUAUUUAUAUCAUGCCUUUCAGUCCGCCGAUCACCAUGAAUAUGACCACAGUGGAAGCGAACGACCUCGAAGACAAUUUCGGCUCUCUCCAUGACGUGAACAUGAUGAUCUACGAGAUGCUGAUCCAUGUCAAGCACGACACUGCGCGCCAAAUCAACGAAACCGCAACGAUUUUAUUUUUUGCCAUUCUCUUUUCCGUUGCGAUGAUUGCUUACGUUCCAUGUUGCGUCAGCGCUUUGAUCCGACGUCGUCGCGAGACUACGAUCAUCCCCGGGAAGUUGAGACGGCUUAUUAUCAAAGAGCUAAAUCCCGAGAUGGAGAAGGGGUUUCAUCGUCAUACCGAUAAAGAAUAUUCUUACGAAUAA